AUGCAGCCGCCUUCAACGCGGGCCACCAUAAAGCGCAAUGCGAAACGUGCGCAAUACGACCUGAAUGUAAUCAAAGACAUUCUAGCGGCCCAACAGAUAUGUCACGUGGCGUUUGUUGAGGAUGGCGAGCCGCGCCUCAUUCCAACCCUGUAUUUUUAUGAUGACAACUAUCUUUACCUGCAUGGCAAUCGUCAAAGUGCCUUGCUGAAACAUAUGGCCGCAGGCGGCGACGUAUGUAUCAGCGUGAUGCUGGUCGACGGUUAUGUGAUUGCGCGCAGUGGUUUCAAUUGCUCGAUGAACUAUCGUUCAGUGUCCAUUUUCGGCCAGGGCGAAGCAGUAACUGGUAGCCGACACCGGGAGGCGCUGGAUCAGUUUGUUGCGGUACUUGUCCCUGGUCACGAACAGGCUGUGCGGGAACCCACCGCCCAGGAACUGGCGGCCACCGCUGUGGUGCGGGUCAGUCUGGCUGAAAUGGCUGCCAAGGUGCGUGAUGGUGACCCGGGUGAUGAUGAGCAGGAUAAAGCCAGCGAUGUCUGGGCGGGCGUAGGCAUCGAUUUUGGAACCACAAACUCUGCAGCGGCGGUGUUUGAUGGUAAAACCGUGACCUUAAUUCCCCUGGAAAAAGACUUGCUGGAAACAGCGGCGCUGCAGAGUGUACAGCUCGACAAUGAUGUCGCGAUCAUGCCGUCGGCAACUUACAUUGAUCGCAAUCUGCAGACUAAAACCGGCCAGGCGGCGAUUGAACAAUAUAUUGCGGACAAUACGGGCAGAACCGUUGAACUGAUUCCAGAGGUUAUUGCGGAAGUCAGUCAGUUUGUUGAACACGGCGAUGGUGCAGAGAACAACGAAGUAGAUACGUCUACCGAGAAAAUAUACGGCGCGCCGGUCACCGACAGUGGUCUGCAGGGGCGUCUGUUCAGGGGUACAAAGAGAUUGUUGGGUGAUUCCCGCGUUCGGCGUUUGCUGGUGUUCGAUCAUCCUUUUCGGCUGGUUGCGUUGAUCACGCCGUUGCUCCUGCGCAUGCGCAAGGCGCUGGAGGCGGAGGUAGGUACAGUUUCUGCGGCGCAUCUGGGUCACCCGGUUAAUUUUGAAGGCAGAGACCCGCACAGGAAUCAGUUGGCAUUGUCGCGUCUGGGCGAGGCUUACAAGUAUGCCGGGGUGGCGGAGCAGCAUUUUUAUCCUGAACCAAUUGCCGCGGCUGCCAGCUACCUGCACAACAAUCCCGGGGUUUCCGGGGAUGUGCUCCUGACGGUUGACUUUGGUGGUGGCACGCUGGACCUGUGUGUGCUGAAAAAGCAUGGUGAUACUUUUGAGGUAGUCACCACCUAUGGAGUUGGUCUUGGUGGCGAUCACAUUGACCAAUUGUUGUUUCGUAAGUUGUUGUUUCCGCUUCUGGGUGAGGGCGAAUUGUGGCGGCGUCCGGGGUUUGACCGUGAAGUGAUCGAAACCCGUUUCCCAUUUGAAGACUUUGCAGAUCUGCUGUUGAACUGGGCGGUGACGUAUACGCUGAAUCAGAAUAAGUACACCACGCCGGUGAUGGAGUGUAUCGAGCAGGGUGGCCCCGGGCAGCGAAAGUUCGAACGCUUGCGUGAGGUGAUCAAACAUAACCUCAGCUACAUGCUGUUUGCGCGUAUCAAGGCUUUUAAAGCGGCGUUGUCGUCGCAGCCUUCAGCGCGAUUGGAUAUCCCGGAAAUAGACGUGGAUGUCACGCUGACACGGGCGGAAUUUGAAGCGCUGAUUGCUCAGCCACUGCAACAGAUCAGCGAAGCCGUAGAGGUCACUCUGCAGCAGGCACAGCUGGCGCCUGAAGAGAUAGACAUAGUGCUGCGCACGGGCGGUUCGAGCUUGAUUCCCGCCGUCAGGUCGCUGCUCGAAAGACGCUUUGGUGACAAGGUGGUGGAUCAUGACCCCUUUACAAGCGUUGCAACCGGUCUGGCAAUUGCCAGCUAUCACGGUCUGCAACCCUGA